AUGUUCGAGUUCCAGUCGAAUUCGAGCAGUUUCUACGGCAAGAAAAGGCUCUCCGCGCCAGCGAAACACGCCAAUCUACUCCAGGUCACUCCAGCAAAGAACGCCAAUUCGUUCCGGAUCGACCGAUACAACGUUGUGUUUUUGGUGCUCACCUACGUCCUACCUGUGGUUACUAUGGGGGUCACCUAUUUCCGCAUGGGUGUCGUACUGUGGGGAAGUCGAUGCAUUGGUGAAGUCACCGACCGCCAACAGAACGCACUUAAGGCCAAGCAAAAGGUAGUUCGCAUGCUGAUCGCUGUGGUGACGCUGUUCUCGGUUUGUUGGUUGCCAAACAACGUCUACUUCCUCUACGUCUACCACUUUCCCAGCACGGCCUACGUUGAUUACAUUCAACACAUCUACCUCGUCAUGUACUGGCUUGCCAUGUCUCAUGCCAUGUACAACCCCAUUGUCUACUACUGGAUGAACAGAAGGUUUCGAUCCUACUUCCGCAAAGUCCUCUGCUGCUGUUCUCCGCAACCGGACGACGUCAAAGUUUCCAACGGACGGAUCACCAAGUUUCAACCCAGCUGGACGGAACGCCAACACACACUGCGGAUUUCACUGUGUACGAGAAACUCGUGCGCGGAGACGUCUAUUAUUGCCAGGCACGGUCCUCGCGAGUCCAGCACAGUGUGA